UGUGUCACUUCAGCUACCAGUUAACAAAACUAACUACAAAAUUUAUAAUAUUUCAACUCUUAUCUAAUAUUUCAAAACUUGUUACAAUUUAAUGCAAAUGUUCAAACCUAAUGCCAGAACCUCAAAAUUUAUAACUCAGACUGUCAAAGCAACACGCGUAUGUCUGAAAAAUUCUAAACUGAAACGGAAAUCAGCUUCACAGUAACCAAAACCACCAUUAAACCGUUUGCUGUGUGUUAUAUGCAAAUCAGGCCUUCAGCUGUUCACAUGCAGAGCGUUUAUCAUCUACAGCACCGAGACGAACCGUAUUCAAAUCCGCACCCUCCUAUUGGCUGAUGGCUCGAGUGCACGGGCAGGAGGCACUUCUGUCUGUAAACAGGGCCAUGAGUCUCAGCGAAGCGCUAAUAGACUAAAACCUACAGGUGCCCCUGCAGGUGAGGCCCCUAAAUGAUCUCCCUCAGGACCCACGAACCCACGGCUGGAUUUAGCCAAUUUAGCAGCAGUCUGAGUCGCCGUGAGUCUGAGCAGCGUGACACGCGCUCGCUCCUGUCUGAGACUCCAGCCCUGCCUCCCUGAAGAGGCCAUGAUGAAAUCUCUCUCACAAAUGUUAACUGUUUUAACUUUUGGAGAAGAUGUUGUAACUUCACCCUAUCAAGAGUUGGUCAUCUUUGCAUCACAAAGUCAGGCAAGGCAUCCGGUGUGCGCUAAAUGCAUGCAUUCAACCUGCAAAACACAGAGUCAGUGCGCACCGACUUCACGUUAACGAACAAUCGCUAUUAAUUGUCGAGACUUAAAGUCUCUGUCCCAGUUAAGACGAUCAUCAAAGCUCGCGUGUGUGUACGCAUUUAGUUCAAACAUCAAACACAGGUGUGUUAUUUUGAACGAUCAAAGGACUGAGGGGGUAGUUUGGGUUUUUACUCACAGUGUCAUUUAUGUUUUAAGUUAUGACACAUUAUGAUUGAUGUUGAACUCAGAAUUAGUAAUGCAAAGAAGAAAAUAGGAAAAAAGGUUAUUAUUCAUGGCACUUAAAUCACACCGCAUGCAUUCAUUUCUGAAAGCUGCUCAAUUCAGUGCGAUUCAACUAAUACAUUUAAACGAAUUGAGUCAAGCGAUUUCGUGAAUCAGAACGUGUGAAUUUUUGCAUGCCAGCAAUGAGGACGACGCAAUAUCAAAGCAACACAUUGAGCUAACUUUUUGUUGUUGUUGUUUGUGGCAGUGCUGCUCCUGAAUAGCGGAAGCACUGAUACGCACACGCAGGCAUCCUUUUCAAAUGACAAACGCGUCUCUGUGCUGAAAUGAGUGUGUGGCACUUUGUGGGGCAUUUUCUUCACCUCUUUAUACAAACUGUAGACACCAGAACAAAUGCUGAGCAUCAUUUUCAGAUCCUCAGAUUAUCUCUAAACAUCCUUUACAAUCAAACAUGACAUUUGAUACGGCUGGCAAUGAUCUGGCAUGAAGCAAAAUGCAGCUGAUAAGCAUCUGAAAAUGCAAAUAAGCUACUUUUAUUAAUUUGAUCAAUUAUUUUCAUUAAAUGCUUUACUUUUAUAUAUCAUUUAAUUUCCUUAAAACAAUCAUUUGUUUAUUUCAAAUUGUUCAGAGCCUCCAAAAAUGCUCCAAAGGAAUCUUCAGGACAUUUACUCAACAAAAUAAAAUGAAAAUAUUCAUUUUUGUUAUAUAUUUUACAGGUUUUCUUAGGCUACAUGAAUCUGUGCUUGUAAAAAAAUCUGUCAAACUAAUCGGAUUUACUGAAACAAUAAUGAAUGUCUGACUGCCAAAUUAUGUUGUCAGCAGCAUGUGAACACUACGAUUAAAUAUUUCUCAGUGCAAAAUGACAUCUUCCUAUCAUUACAAACAACAAGCAGACCACAAAAGCAACCUAAUACACAUCUGUAGAAAAAUCUACUGCACUCCAAAUGAUUAUCAUAUCACUUCACAAAGAAACGUGCAAACACGGAUGUUCCGUCUAGAGAUGGACAAACUGAGCUUUAUUCGAAGAUACCUAUCUGAAGCAUUACUGCUUUACUGGCAGAGCCACAUCAACAGUUUAGACAGGAUUUCAGAUAGCAUCUCACUGAGGUGUGUGCGAGUCAGUUUUUGCCUAUAUACUGGGAACAACAGCUUAAUAAUGUCAAUGAAAAUGUCAAAAAAAAAAUCAAGAUACAUUUACUUGACUUAAGAUAAUGAAGAAAUUAUCAAAAUUAAGUGCGUUUACGCUUAAAACAAGAAAAAAGAUGCAUGUACUUAAGAAGGAAAAUGACUUGGGAUAUUACGUUUUUUUUUUUUUUUAAAUCAAAUAGAAAUGAGUUUAUGCUUCAAACAAGUUUAUGCUUAAUUCAAAGGGAAAACAAGAUAAUUUUGAUUCUCAAGUAAAUGCAUCUUCUGCAGAUAAAGUUAUACAAAAAAAAAUUAAAAAUCUGACAAAAUUAAAAAUCAAAAAACGCAAAAGAAUUUCUUGAAUAAUCAGUAGUAUUAAUAAUCAGCUUCCUACAGGACCAGCAGAAGUCUGUGGUGCUUCUGCAUGUAGAUUGCGUCAUCCGGAGGGAGUAAAUUGUGAAGGCCUGAAGGAGUUAUUCAGUGUUAAGCGAGUGCGGAGGGGCCAGUGGGCCCUCAAACACACACACACUGUAAUUAUGCGAGUGAGUGAGGAGGUGUGGGGGCCGGCCGGAGAAACGCAUGCGCUCCCAGGGUGGGUGGGAGACCUCACUGUGUCUCUCUUCCUUCUUUUUCACUCCCUCCCUAGUGUUGUUUUUAGCUCCGAACGCCUAUUUAACUUGGCUGGAUUUUCCAGGGUGGGGCACCACUUUUUUUUCUUUCUUUUUUUUUUGAGUUUUGCCCAACCUGUCAGGGAACUUCUGGGGACGCGAGAUCUCAUCCUUCCCUCUUCCUCUGUCUGUCUUUGAAAAGUGUUUGUGUUGUUUAUACACAUUUUUAAAAAAAGAAUAAAAUGUCACACAUACCAGUGUUUAGUAUUAUUGAGAUACUAUUAUAAUUUUUAACAUUUUGAAUCUGAAUUUUGGAUUUUUUUUUUCUUAUAUUUUGUUAUCAUAUUAAUUUUAGUUAAAUUUGUGUGUUUUUGUCAUUUUUAGUAGUUUUUGAUUUUCUCUCUCUGUAGUUUUAUACAUACUAACAAAAUUAGUUUUAUUAAUAAUAUAAUACAUUUUCUGCUAAACUUUAAGCUAAACUUCUGUGUAAUAUAAUCUUUAAAAACUCUCUCUCUCUCUCUAUAUAUAUUAUUUUACAUUCAUUUUUGUUUCAGUUAUUUUAAUACAUCAAGUUAUUCUAAUUUAAAAUGAGAAAUGUUGCUUUGGCAACUAGCUGAAUUAAUUUUUUAAAUAUUUAAUUUAAUUUCAGUUUACAUUUUUUCAAGUAAUGAAAAGUUUUCUAAUGGUUUUUCAUUUUAGUCUUUUAGUUUUAAUUAACUAUAAUAACCCUGACACAUACAAGGUUUAAUAUUACCAAAGAACAAACUAAUCAUGCAUUUUAUUUUAUAUAUUAUCUACAAUAUAUUACCAUUCUAAGUUUCCAUUUCCAAUCUCAUGUUGGUUCAUUCAGGCCAAAUGUAAUCCAUUAUUUCUGUUGCAUCUAUAUAUAUUUUUUUUUACCCGAAGGGUCACAUUGUUUGAUAAACAAGGUUCUUCAUUUAAAAGAUACGUUCCUUGUUAGUGGACUAUAUGUUCAAACUGUAAUUAUAGCAACCGUCUCCUAGCAACAGUGUAAGGGACAUUAAAAUGUUGAUUGGUAAGCGCUGAGCUCAAUAUUAUAGAGAAUAAAGACAGACAAUGGACAAGUAAAACUCGAAAACACCAAUAGCUCAUUUACUUUGGCACACAGGCCGUUUUUGGACCAUUGAACGCCAGUCGACAGCUCCGGUGGCGGCGGGACAUAUGAAAGCAUCCAUCCACAUGCCUGCAGUGACCACGGGGACGAGACACACUGAGAUUAAACUCUAUUCAUAGCCAUGAAUGAAGGACAAAGCUGCCAAAACGCCUCUUAAAAAGUCACUGUAAACAUUUCAGGGAAUCCGCAGGUACAAUUCAGGCUCCAUUCAUGUAGGCCUGUAGUUUAAGAGCAUCUGAACGGAGAUCUGCAAAAUACAGCUUUUCCAAUCCUUUAUUAUUUUUGGACAGUGUUGUGUAGAAGUACACUUCUAAAGUAGACUUAAGUCAAUUUAAAAAAAAGGAUUUCAUGCAUGUCAAUUAAAGUAGCUGCAAUUAAACAGCACCGGUCUCUCGUGAAACACGAGUAAAUCUGGGGGCGAUGGUGACGUUUACUCAUGCCCUGACACUUUUUUCCCGUGGAAAGCAGAAACUAGAGCCUGACCCCUUUUGUCUUCCUGUGCUGUGCUUUUUUCCGAACGUGACAAAGAUAAGUGUCAGCUUUUCUCACAAUGCAAACCAUCAGAUUUAAUUCGCUAUCUUUUGAGGCCUUCACAACAAAAUAGCCUCUGCUAUCAAUGUAUACGGCGUGAAAAGCAGAAGCCAGUGGAGUUGUUGUUUGAUAGCAAUCAGAGAGAACCAGAAACAGAGAUUUGCUCCUCGGACGCUUGACAGGAGCUAAUUAAUUAUCUGAUUGUGCAACGUGUCCUCUUUAACCGCAAAGUGCACAGAGUAACGCACUUUUGCAGAAACAAGCAUCUUUAACUCAAAUCUCACUUUCAGUCAAUUAUUGUGGGGCUGGCCAAAAAAAUAUUUUUCCAUAUCUUUUGCUAUCAAUAUCUAUCAUGAUAUUCAUUUUAAUGGGAAAGGAAAUGCAUUCCACAUGUCUGUUAGACGCUGAAAAAGAAUGAAUACAUAAUUUGUUUGUUUAUAAGGAAACUUCAUAGAGAAAAAUCAAUCCUUUAUAUUAUAUAUUUUAUUUUUUCUGGAUUCUGUGUUUUAUGAUUUCAUAUCAAUUUAUCAUCAAAAAUGGUUUCUAAUUAGAUUAAAUUACUCAGUCUUUUAACAUGCAAUCAAAUGAAAAUAUAAUUAAAUGUAAUAGAGUAAAAUCUGUUUUCUGUAUUUUAGUUUUUUUUUCUGGAUUCUUAUGUUUUAUGAUUUAUUACAAAUGUAUAAUCAAAAACGGUGUCUAAUGAAAUGAAUUUAAUCAAUUUUUUUAACAUGCAAUCAAAUGAAAAUAUGAUUAAUUUAAAACAAACUUUGCAUUUUUUUUUUUUUUUCAAUUAAAGUGCUGCCAAACACAACUUUUAAAAAUAUCUUGGUUGCAUGAUAUCCCCUAAAUAAUAAUGAUAAUAAUAAUUGGACACUGUAAAGUACACUGUAAAAAAAGAUUUUUCAAAGUUGUAAAUAAAAAAUUAUUGAAGUAUGUUUUACAAAAAUAUACUAUUUCAGUUUUUCUAUUUCAAAAUUUCACAUUUAAUUCAACGUGUUACUUGCUGUUUCGUUGUAAUUAUUUGUGAAAUUGUUUUAAACCAUUUUUUUUCAGUAUACAUUUUACAAUAGUAAUACAUUUCUGUCAAGUUAAAAGUCAACUUUUAUUUUGCCGGUUUGUAGUGAAGAGCUAGAUGAUCGUCUAGAGGAAAGGCGAAAUAUUUUACUUAAAGUACUUAAAAAUCUCUUAUUAAUAUUAUGGAAUUAUUCUUCAAUAUUCAUUUACAAUUUCAUUUAUUCAUUUAACAGAUGCUUUAGCAUUUAGCGAACGCGACUUCAUCCAUGUUUCGAUAAAUGUGACCCUGGAGCACAAAAGCAGUCAUAAGUCGCACGGCUAUAUUUGUAGCAAUAGCCAACAAUACAUUGUAUGGGUCAAAAUUAUCGAUUUUUCUUUUAUGCCAAAAAUCAUUAGGAUAUUAAGUAAAGAUCAUGUUCCAUGAAGAUAUUUUGUCAAUUUCCUAUCGUAAAUAUAUCAAAACUUAAUUUUUGAUUAGUAAUAUGCAUCGCUGAAUUUGGACAACUUUAAAGGUGAUUUUCUCAAUAUUUAGACUUUUUUGCACUGUCCUAUCUUAACAAACCAUACAUUAAUGGAAAGCUUAUUUAUUCAGCUUAUGAAUUAUGAAUGGUUUUGUGGUCCAGGGUCACAAAUAUCUAUUUAUCGCCCAGCCUGGUUUUAAUGCAUGACAGCUCUGACCGAUUUCACUUUUUUUUACCUGCACACAGAUUCCUCGGAGAGGAUGGCGCACACAGACGAGGACCUGAUCGGAAUCCCCUUCCCGAACCACAGCAACGACGUCUUGUGCAGUCUUAACGAGCAGCGGCGGGAUGGCCUGCUUUGCGACGUCAUCCUAGUGGUCCAGGACCAGGAGUACCGCACCCAUCGCUCCGUCCUGGCCGCCUGCAGCCAGUACUUCAAAAAACUCUUCACAGUGGCCACCGGCUCCAGCCCGGACUCCAGCACGCACGCCGUCUACGAGCUGGACUUCGUGGCGCCGGAAUCGCUGACGGCCAUUCUGGAGUUCGCGUACACGUCGACGCUGACGGUCACGGCAUCCAACGUCAAGGAGAUCCUGAGCGCCGCCAGGCUCCUGGAAAUUCCCUGCAUUAUAAACGUGUGUCUUGAAAUCAUGGACACGGGAGGAGGUGGAGAACGAGGAGGAGGAGGAGACGGACCUCCGGAAGGAGAGGAGUUUGAGGGGGAUGACGAGGAAGAUGAGGAUGAAGAGGACGAGGAGGAAAUGGAGGAGGAGGUCGACUCCAAAGAUGGAGAAUUUGAGGACAACAACAGCGAGAAAUCCACACAAGGGGCUGAUAACCAAGAGAAACUCAAAGUUUGGGAGAAUGGGAGGACAGUCAGCCAACCCUGUAGCUCCCAACAAGGAGCGCCUAACCCGGAUGGCCAAGAAUCCAAAAGACGCCAAUCGAACACUCCGGAAGCCCAGAAGCCCAGAGGGCCGGAGGGAUUGGAGGGCCGGGCGCUGAAGGACUUCUCGAUAGAGUCUUUACUUCAAGAGGGACUCUAUCCGAAAGUGCCAGGCCUGGAAAGAGGCGCCGGAUUCUCGCACCUUCUCCCAGGCUUCUAUCCUCCCAUGUGGGCAGCAGAAUUUCCAGGCUACCCUCAGAUUCUGGAGCCCCGACGCCCUUCCCACCCUUUCCCCAAUGCUUCGCUAGAAAACGGCCCUUUGGACCUUGCGGUCAAGAAAGAAGUCAUCAAAGAAGAGCUGAAAGAUGAGCCCACAAACCCUAUCCUGCACAGAGACUUCCUCAAAGACUUCAUGAGUCCAGGGUUGGGAAUAACCUCUGACCCCAGCCUCGGUCAGAUCAAAGAAGGAGCGGAGCUGCGGUCCUACCUGAGUUUUCUUUCCGCCUCCCAUCUCGGGACGCUGUUUCCUCCGUGGCAGCUGGAGGAGGAGAGGAAGAUGAAGCCCAAGGCGUCACAGCAGUGCCCCAUCUGCAACAAGGUGAUUCAAGGAGCGGGAAAACUGCCACGGCACAUGCGAACACACACCGGAGAGAAGCCCUACAUGUGCACCAUCUGCGAGGUCCGCUUCACCAGGCAAGACAAGCUGAAGAUUCACAUGCGCAAGCACACCGGCGAGAGGCCGUACAUCUGCCUGCACUGCAACUCUAAAUUUGUUCACAACUACGACCUGAAGAACCACUUGCGCAUCCACACCGGCGUGCGGCCGUACCAGUGCGAGCACUGCUACAAGAGCUUCACGCGCUCCGACCACCUUCACCGGCACAUUAAACGGCAGAGCUGCCGCGUCUCGCGCCCGCGACGGGGCCGAAAGCCCUCCGCCUGGAGAUCCACCAACUUCCUCUUCCCUCCAGAUCCCAACGCUCUCCAAGCGGACAGGACCAUGCGGAUUCCCGCCGCCGGUGGCGCCCCCUUGCUGGCAAAACAGCAGCCUACGGGAGGAAAAACGCUGGAGGACAUCGACGGUGACAGCCGAGAGACUGACAGGAAGCUCAUCUCAGAGGAUGUGAACAGAAAGCGGGGCAUGUUUGCUUUCACAGUGGCGACGGAGGACGUUCUGCCACACCCGCCUUUCUAUUCGGCGACCUCUGACCCCUGGGCCGUGAGACUGGAACGAGCUCCGCCCAUUCCCGAGGCCGCAAAGUGACUUGUUAAUUCCUUGAAACAGCUGCUCGCUUCGGACGCCACAAAGUCUUUACGAACCGGGUUCAGACUCUGUAAUAUUAAAUGAGAAUUACAUUUUUUUUUUUUUUGUUUGUUUGUUUCAUAAGUCAGCUUCCACAUGGGAUGACAGGGAUUUUAAAUGCUUUUUAAAUAACUAGAUUUGUUAAUAUCUUGGAUGUGCAUUUGUUAAAGCUGUUUUUGAUGCUUCAGCGUUUGCUAACAAGGGUGAUGCGCUCAUAGACUGUUCAGUGCAAUGGAGUAUGUGAAAAUCGAAUGCAAAAAUUUGACAAUCAAGUAUGCAGAAAGAAAAAAAAAGUCCUGCUGAAUAAGCUAGAAGCUUUGAUGUUCGCAUUGUAUUAUCUGACAGGUUUUCUAAUUAAACAGUUUUCAGUGAAGCUAAAUCCUAAACACAAGGAAAAUUACAAAUUUACACGUCGUAAUCCACUAUGCAAAAUACAAAAGUGGUUCAAUUUUUUUUUGGAAUUGCCACAGAAACCACAAAGACAAAAUUAAUAAGAAAAACUCAGGAUUACAAAUAAUUUUUUUAACAAAAACAAUUUUUUACAGCCAAAAUAUCACAUUAUGAUGAGAUGUCAAAACAAUCUGCAGUUAAUCAUGCAAUUAGACAAAAGAGAAAUCCUGCAAGUUAUUUUUUUCUUAUAAUUAUUUAUAUUGUGCAUUUCAAAUUGACCCUUGAUUAAAUCGAAUGCUGUUUAAAAUAAUCAUUUGUAUAGAUGGCUUUCAGGUUCUACAGUGGAAUUGUUCAUUAUUGUAAGUGUUUCUAUUGUAAAACAUCCAAAGAUGUGUUGUUAAAGAACAAACUUGAAAUCCAAUCUGUUUGCAAAGCAGUCUUUUUCACAUAUGAAGUGUCUUGGAGGUGCUUGUCGUGUACAGGAAAAUGAAACGGGGGGGAAAAACAUCCACAACUUUGAUACUGUUCCUCAUCUGAAUGGCUAGAGUAAUUCAGCAACGUUUAAACUGAAACUAAACAUAUUUUCAUGCUAUUUAUGCAUAUUUAAAUAAGCCUUGGCUAUAUUUUACUAAGAUGUUUUAUAAAGACACUAACACAUUUGUGUUCCGGUUUAUCUGUUUUCAAUCAAGAGAGAAUGUGUCAAUGCAGUGUACGAUAUUUGACAUCAAACCCUCUGAAAUCAAAACAAUACGGUAAUAAAAAAAAAGCAUAAAAUACCCCCUUCAAGACAUUUAACUUCUAAAACACCCACAAAAUAAAAUGCACAAGUACUCCAAAUGAGAAUUAAAAUCAUCUUGAAAUUGAAAUUUUAAGUUUCUGCACUUCACACAAGACAUUUAAGAUGUUUUUAUCUUGGUGUGCAAAAUGCAAAGAUGUUUCAAUGGCCAUGAACAAUGAAGGUGCUUAAAGAUGUGUGUGUAUAUAUAUAUAUGAAGCCCUUCUGUGGCGACUGGUGGGAACUUACUUGCACUAUUUGUUUGAUGAUGUUUUAAUAUUGGUUACGAUAUAUUGAUAUUUCUUAAAGAUUUAAAAACAUACAAAAAAAAGAAAAAAAAGAAAAAAUCACAGAACAUGUCUGAGAUAUGCACUUUACUCCUCUUUAACACAAGAACAAUUUCAGUGAAAGUCAUUUUUAUAAAUGUGUGUGGUAUUUGUAUAUUAGAUUAAUCCCUGGUAAACAGAAUCAAAGAACUGGAAUAACAAUAAAAAAAAGCUUUUUCAAGAACCCUGUGUCUUUUUAUGGCUCAUUUCUUUCUUGGAAAUCUGACAAAGGCGACUCUGCAGAAGCAGGUCAUUUAAUGAGGCUUUUAUCUGCAGUGAUGAGGUCUAGUGCGUUAAAGGUCUCUUUAGAGUAUUUUAACGUUAAAUGCCAUACAUGAGGGUACAGCGAAGACAGAUUCAUUCUCCCUCCUAAACGUCCAGCUUUCUGGAUGAUGGAGCAGAUCUUUAACAGCUAACUUACCUCAACCUAAAAUUACUCUGAAAUCAUAGCAUGCGGUAGUUUGUUAUGACACAAGGCAGUGAGGAUCCAACAGACAGCCCUCUCUGGCACAAUUAACCAUCUCUGUGAGUAAUCUAAACCCACACGCUAGAACUGCGCUUCAAUUUGAGCCAGUUUCCCAAACACAUACUAAUGCUGUUUUGAAUUGUGAAGAAUGUUUAAAGUAGGAUUGCUAUUAGAUUCAAUUUACUCAUUUAAAUUAGUCUUAGUCUUUCUGAAAAGAAGAUUUUCUGACAAUUAAUGUCAUGUAACAACUGCAUGUUUACUGCUAGCAU